AUGAUACUGUUGUUUCGAAAUCGGGUUCAACCUACAAGCAGAAGAUAUCUCUCCGUCUCCAUCCCAUUUCUUAAUCCCUACUCGAUCCUCGGAAUCACACCUGGUGCCUCCAAAAAAGAAGUCAAAAACGCCUACCGAAAAAAGGCAAAAGAAUGCCACCCAGAUCUGCAUCCCGGCGACGAGAAGAAAGCCGCCGAGUUUAUAAAAGUUCAAGAAGCAUAUGAAAGCAUACAAAACGGAACUGCCUCGACAGCUGGUGCUUCACCCGGAUCAUCAACGAGCCAGAGGAUGAGGGAACAAAAGAGCUGGGCCGAUAGGGGAUUCGGAAGUCAGCAACAGCGAGAAGGCUUCGAUUUUGAGUAUAAUUAUAGACAGAGGAUGAAGGCGAGAGCAGAAUGGGAGAGGGAUAGGUUUCUUGAAUGA